CGGAGUUGGGAAGCGGCGUCCGGGAGCCCCCGGAGAAGGAUGGGCUGCGGACACAGCAGGCUGAGUUGCUGCAAACCCCCCAAAACGGGUUAUGUGUCUCAGUGGAUCGAGCCAGUGCCCCAUUGCAGAGAGGCGCCAAGGACCAGAUCAGCCACCCAGAUCAGAGCCACAGGAACUGGGGCCCCUCAAUGGUGACACAACCACAACUGUCCAUCUCUGCACAUCCGAGGAGGCUGGGCAGCACCCGAAGGCUAUCGCCAGACUUCUCCAGCAGCAUGAAGAGGACAAGAAGAAAUGGGCCCAACAGGUGGAAAAGGAAAGGGAGCUAGAGCUUGGAGAGAAACUGGAUGAACAGCGAAGGGUCUUGGAGAAAGAGCAUGAGGAGGCUCUGCAAGUCCUCCGGGCCUCCUAUGAGCAGGAGAAAGAAGCCCUUAUCCACUCCUUCCAGGAGGCCAAGGCGGCCCUGCAGGAGACCAUUGAUGGCCUCACUGCACAGCUGGAGGCCUUCCAGGCCAAGAUGAAGAGGGUAGAGGAGUCCAUCCUGAGCCGAGACUACAAGAAGCACGUCCAGGAGUACGGGAGCCCCAGCCAGUUUUGGGAGCAGGAGCUGGAGAGCUUACACUUUGUCAUCGAAAUGAAGAAUGAGCGGAUUCAUGACCUAGACAAGCGGCUGAUCCUCACGGAGACAGUGAAAGAAAAAAACCUGCUGCUGGAGGAGAAAAUCACCGCCCUGCAGCACGAGAACGAGGACCUGCACGCCCGAGGCCACAACCAGAUGGUUGUAUCGAGGCAGCUCUCAGAGGACCUGCUCCUUGCCCGUGAGGCCCUGGAGAAGGAGAUCCAGUUACGGCGGCAGCUCCAACAGGAGAAGGAGGAGCUGCUCUACCGGGUCCUGGGGGCCGACGCCUCCCCCGCCUUCCCCUUGGCCUCCGUCACCCCCACGGAGGUCUCCUUCCUCGCCACAUAGGGCCUGGGCCACCACGAUGCCUGUGGUCACAGCUUUCUCUCCAGGACCUGGCAGAGAACAGGGCAGGGACCUCUGGUCCUUUUCCCAGGCGGAGACGAGGACAGGAGUGAGAGGGGGAGCCAGGCUGCGUGCCCAUGAAGCCUGGGGGCUCGGGCCACAGAGCACCACCCAUGGGGCUGCCCAGGCCUGAGCAUCUUUGCCCCUGGAGCUGAUGCAGGGAACAAACAAGAGGAAUCCUCUCUCCCCCCCCCCCUUCUCCCUGCACAACUUGGGGGGGGGGUGGAUCUGAGGCUCCCCCGGGGGCAGCCACGCCACACUGAUCACCUGAGCAAGAGGCGACACCCCCCUGGUCCUAACUUGUCAGCUUCGCUGCUGCCUCAUCAACCACUCAACGUUCCCCCUCUACCCCGGCUUCUCUCAGCUCUAAACCAUUUGCAGAAACUGAA